AUGGACGAUGAGACUCAUUCCAAGGCCAUCCAGGCAGCCCGAGAACUACUGGGCGCGUUGGUCUCCCCAGCAGAACCUGUGAUCCAAGAUGUCGUGAUGCAGAUUGCUGAGAAAUCCGGAGCCAGCGUGAUCCUGAUCGGUGCCUUCUGCAUCACAAGGGCUCCGGAAUUCUUCCAUCAAAACAACAUCCAAUUCGCCAUGAACACCGAGCCCAGCUAUUUCGACUGGCUUGGCCACAACCCGGAACUUGCCAGUGAUUUCCAACUGUGGAUGACCCUGAAGCAGCGAGCCACUCCCAACUGGGUGGAUUGGUUCGAUAUCCAGGGCAGGAUUCUCGAAGUGUUCCAGAGCGAAUCGGCAGACAAUGAUCAUGUUUUGCUGGUCGAGCAUUGGCGGUGGCGAAGGCCAUUAUCUGCACACAUUGGAUGGCCGAUUCAUGCAUUUUCCAAGAUUGUUGGUUCUACAGGACACGCCACAUGUAAUCUCGAGCAUUCGUGA